AUGCGAGGUGCGUGUCUGUGGCUGUCCCUCACCUAUUUGGCCACCAGCCUCGACGGGUUGGGGGCACCAGAAUACAACAACUCAACCAUUUUCGGCGGGGGUCUAUUUGUGGAUGCAGAAGAGCUGCUGAACCUGUCAGACCCGUACACGCCCAAUCUGACAAAUGUCUUCUCGCUGGACCUGGACGAGGACACGCUCGCGGACUGGCGUUCCAUGGCGGGUAAAAAGCGCUACGGGGGAGAGUCCCAUAACGGGACCGUGAAAUCCCUACUGGUGGUGGCUUACUCGUUCAUCAUUGUCAUCUCGCUGUUCGGAAACACGCUUGUGUGCCAUGUGGUGAUCAAGAACAAGCGGAUGCACUCCGCCACGAGCCUGUUCAUCAUCAACCUCGCGGUGGCAGACAUUCUCAUCACGCUGCUCAACAUGCCCUUUACUUUGGUCCGCUUUGUGAACAGCAGCUGGUGGUUCGGGAAGGGUAUGUGCCACAUCAGCCGGUUCGUCCAGUACUGCUCCCUACACGUAUCCACACUCACGCUCACGGCAAUCGCGCUGGACAGACGCCAGGUCAUUCUCCACCCUCUGAGGCCCCGCAUGUCCCCAGCUCGCGGCGUUGUGUGUGUGAUUCUCAUCUGGGUCAUGGCCAGCUGCUUCUCCUUGCCUCAUGCCAUCUACCAGAAGCUCCUAACCUUCGUGUACAGUAAAGAGAAGGUGCGCAGCCUUUGUGUCCCCGACUUCCCCGAGCCCUCUGACGUCUACUGGCAGUGCAUCGACCUCCUCACCUUCAUCCUCCUCUACGUCCUACCCCUCCUCAUCAUCACCGCUGCCUACUCAACCGUGGCACGCCGCCUGUGGCGACGUAACGCUAUCGGGGACACCACCACUGCGCAGUUCGCGGUGCAACGGCGGCAGCGUCGGCGCACCCUGGCUAUGUUGUUGGCGGUUGUUGGGGUGUUCGCGGUUUGCUGGUUCCCUCUGAACUGCUACGUGGUGCUUCUCUCCAGCCAGGCCAUUCAGUCAUCCAAUGCCUUGUAUUUCUGUUUUCAUUGGCUGGCGAUGAGCUCGACGUGUUACAAUCCCUUCAUCUACUGUUGUCUGAACCCUGCCUUCCGCCAGGAGCUAAAGCUGCUAUUGGGCAUGUGCUGGAGGAGGGGGCGUGGAGGGGUGGGGCCGGUGCUGGUGGCUCCGCCCUCCUGCGCACCCUGCCAGAGAGCCGCCUGGCCGGAGAGCCGCACCUGCUCUCGGCCGAGUCACGCCUCUUCACACCCGAGUCACGCCUCUUCUCGGCCAAGCCACUCCUCAUCCUUUCACCAGCCUCCUAAAGACAGGCAUGUCCUCUUCUCCGCUAGACAUGCCCAUAAAACAGACAUUCUAUCAGUGGAGCCCAUAGUAGCUGUCAGUUAACUACAACUACCAGAAUGCACUUGGGUUGGGAUUGAGUGAAUGAUUGAGUUUAUUUGACAAUUAAAGACAUGUAAAGUUGCUGCAUUUGGAGGUGAGUCCUGUUGAAGGACUGCGUUAUUAGCCAAAUACAGUGGGGGCUCUUGAACAGGAAAUGUGAGAUCUUUAAACUUUCAUGACAGCGCCACCUUCAGGAAGAAAGGUCUCACAUGGAUAUGAGCAGGGGUUGGGGAGGUCUAGCAACAAAUGCAACACCGAAACCAGCAAUUGUUAGCACAUACUGUAUACACUGAGUGUACAAAACACUAAGGCACCUUCCUAAUAUUGA